AUGAAACUCCUGUUGGCGUGCGUUCUCCUGUCAGUGGCGGUGGCGCAGGGAGACCCCCAGCGCUAUGUGCGUCGCUUCCCCUCGGGCAGGGCGAGGCGGCCUAUGGACACCGUGGUCCUCAGACCGUCAGGCAGUCACCAAGUUGACACGAAGCCGUCCGGAGGGGGACGCAUCAUCGGCGGCGUCGAGGCGAGCCUCGGCCAGUUCCCGUGGCAGGCGGCGGUGCGGCUGGACGGCUCCGCCUUCUGCGGCGGCUCGCUCAUCACGGAGAACUGCGUCCUCACCGCGGCCCACUGCGCCUACGGGACAACGUCGUUCACGAUAAGUCUGGGCACAUUGUCGUCCGCUGAAAACCCAGAGGGAGCGCUGACGCAGACUUCGACGGACGCAGUCGUCCACCCGGACUACUGGACGGACGGCAGCACCACGGACAACGACGUCGCUGUCGUUCACCUGUCGGAAAUGGUUACGCUUACUGACACAAUCAAGACUGUGAGGCUGGCGUCGCAGGUGGACAAGACUUACAAUGACUGGACAGCAACCCUUAGCGGCUGGGGCAAGGUGUCUGACGAGUCACAAACCGUGAGCCCUACGCUGAUGUACGUAGACCUGGUCGUCAUCCCUAAUGAAGACUGUGAGGAGGCCUUUCCUGGAGCCAUCAGCAUCGACCACAUUUGCACAAGGGGUGCCACCAAUGAAAGUCCUUGUAAUGGCGACAGCGGCGGCCCUCUGGUAGUACUAGAGGAAGACGGCGAAAUCACGCAAGUGGGCGUGGUGUCUUUUGGUUCUGACUACGGCUGUUCACUUGGGUACCCAGGAGCCUACGCGCGCGUCACCACCUACAUCGACUGGAUCAACGAGAACUCAGUGCACGCUGGGCGCUGA